AGUUUCGUUUAGAAAAAUCCCGACCAACUCGUCUCUCUUGGCACAUUGCUGCUUCGCGUUCCCAGACUCGUCUUUCUCGUCGUCCUAUUUCAUCCCACUCAGCUCAAUUCGGCGCAUUUUUAUCCUCCUCCAAUCCCUCUAUUGCCGUCAAGUUUCCAAAUAAGAAAUUAGAUAAUGAACUGAGAAUGGUAUGGACGCAGUUGCUGAUGUAGGCUGGUAUAUUCUUGGUGAAGAUCAACAAAAUGUUGGCCCUUAUGCGAUUUCUGAGUUGCGUGAGCAUUUUUUAAAUGGAUACCUCUCCGAAAGUACACUUGCAUGGUCUGUAGGGAGAAGUCAGUGGCAACCAUUGUCCUUAAUUCCUGAGUUUGUUUCUGUAAUUUCUCAUCAGACCAACAAUGUUUCUGCUACAGUGCCCUCAGGCAAUGGUGUUGCACUUUUGAACAGUAUGGAGGGUAUUAACUUAAAUGCAGUGCCAUCCAAUGAUGCUGGUGGCAGUGAUGAAUUUGAGAAGUGGCAGAGAGAGAUUAGAGAGGCUGAGGCUGAGGCGGAGGCAGAACAUUUGAAAAAUGGAUCUGUUUCUAGAAGUACUGGUGAUGGCUUCAGUUUUGAUGACCAGGAUAGGCCUCUAACACCACCAGAAGGUGAAGAAGAAUUUACUGAUGAUAAUGGAACCAGGUACAAGUGGGAUAGAAGUCUGAGAGCAUGGGUUCCUCAGGAUGACACAUCAACAAAAAAUGAGAACUAUGGAGUAGAAGAGAUGACAUUCUUGAAAGAAGAUGAAGUUUUUCCAACUGUAAGUGCUACUGAUGCUGCUGCUGCUGAUGCCUCUCUAAGCUCUCUUAGAGAAGAUGUUAAUGGAAGUGGUGAGAAAAUGGAAGUAAGCUCUAAUGCCAAGAGAAAAUUGUUGGAAAAACCAGUUGAUAAGAAGGAAGCUAAUAAACCUCCCGAUUCGUGGUUUGAAUUGAAAGUAAAUACACAUGUCUAUGUGACUGGACUGCCCGAUGAUGUUACUGCAGAAGAAUUGGUUGAGGUGUUCUCCAAGUGCGGAAUAAUCAAAGAGCCUGAAUCAAAAAAAUCUCGUGUGAAGAUCUAUGUUGAAAAGGAGACAGGAAGGAAAAAGGGGGAUGCACUUGUUACAUAUCUAAAGGAGCCCUCUGUUGCUUUAGCAGUUCAAAUUUUGGAUGGAACUCCUUUUCGUCCUGAUGGAAAGAUCCCUAUGUCAGUCAGCCAAGCUAAAUUCGAGCAGAAAGGGGAUAAAUUCGUAACCAAGCAAGUGGACAGCAGGAAGAAAAAGAAGCUGAAGAAAGUUGAGGAGAGGAUGCUCAGCUGGGGUGGCCGUGAUGAUGCAAAGGUGACAGUUCCGGUGACUGUAGUCCUUCGUAGCAUGUUCACACCUACUGAAAUGAGGUUGACUUUCUCCCUAUCCCUACUGGCAGAUGAGAAUUUGUGUUCAGAGCUGGAGGAGGAUAUUAAAGAGGAAUGCUUAAAGCUUGGUCCGCUGGACUCAGUCAAGGUUUGUGAGAACCAUCCCCAAGGUGUUGUUUUGGUCAAAUACAAGGAUAGGAAGGAUGCUCAAAAGUGCAUAGAGUUGAUGAAUGGACGAUGGUUUGGUGGGAGACAGAUACAUGCAAGUGAAGAUGAUGGAGUGGUUAAUCAUGCUUUGGUGCGGGAUCUGGAUGGGGAUGCCGCUCGACUCGAACAAUUCGGUGCUGAACUUGAAGCCGAAUGAUGUGGGAUAUAUAUUUGAACCUCACUGGA